AUGUGCUCUUUUGUGUUCCUUGAAAGCUUCUUGAACGAGGAAUCAAGUUCAUAUCCUGCCAGCACCCAGCUUCUUGCAAGCAAUCAUCAGCUUCACAUCGACGUUCCGAUCAAACAGCUUGCUGAAACAAGAGUCGGAGACAUUGUCAAGGGGCGCAUGCUGUCAGACACAAAUGGUGCUAAGCGCUAUGUUAAUUGGAUGGGGACGAUCACGGCAGACACAGUAAUUUCUCCGAAACAGGGGUGCAUCACCGUAAGAGUGAUCUCAGACAGAUACAUUGCUCCUGGUACUCCAGUGAGCGGAACGGUGGGGAGUGCUGGCUUCCUUGGAACAGUCGUUGGAAGUCCAAACCAUCUUCAAAGAAUUGGAAGUAUUGAGCGAAGACUUGAAGCACUUGAGCCAAGAUCACGAGGAGAGGUUCAAGCACUUCAGCGUAAAGUUAAGCGCCUUAAGCGCCAGCUUGAUCACCUUGAAGGGCACAAGACCGUUCAGGAGAGAUUGCUUGAGAUGGAAAAGAGGAUUGUUGAACUCGAGAAAAGACCGCCGUCAGAAAAUGCUUUGGUAUUUUCUGGAAAUGUUGCAGGAAUGCAUUUUACGGGAGCUGUUGAUUAUCCCGAUCUAGCUUCACGUAUCGACAAAAUUGAUGGAAGAAUCGCAGCUCUGGAAAAUCGACCAAAGCCAAGCGAAGCAGUUCAACCGAUCAAGGAGAAGAUCAGGGAGUUAGAAGCUAGGCUGGAUGAUCUUACCAGUCCGGAGGGUCUCGUGACAGCCAAGAAUGAAAUGGCAGAAAUGGAAAAACGAUUGUCUGAAUUGGAGAGCGAGUAUGAAUACAAUACGGAGGCGGUGGAGGAGAGAACAGUAAAUGGUAUGGCACAGAGGAGUAUCAUGGAUUGUAUUCCAAACCAUCCAGGGUGCCACUAA